AUUUCCUAAACUAAGAUUAUUUUUCUAUUGAAGACUUUCUUGAUGAGAGGAUUUUUCUUUUAUUUUGUUUGUCUUCCAGGAGACAACCGCAUUCCUUCACAACAGCUUUGAUUGACUUAGGGGUAUUUUUUCGGCGUGCUUGUAUUGAGUUUACUAAAGGAGGUUUCAAACAGGAAAAUUCAAUAAUAAGACAAAUAAAAUAAAACCUUUUUUGCUGCUCAAAGUGGAUUUCUUCUAACCCUUUUUCCCAUCACAUCUCCAAUAUGCCCACAGAGUAAUACUGAUUCAUUUGUUGCUUAGACGUUUUUUUAUGUGUUUGUUUUUUAAAAAUACAUAUAUAUAUAUUUUCUCGUGUUUUUUGUUUUGUUUGGUUUGGAAGAAACCAGGGGAGACGUGGGGGUCUGAUGAAGAUGAUGGUCAGAAGGGGGAAUUGCAUCACCCCUGUGGGUGUCGCUGAAGGAGGAUAAAAACCCUCCUGCUGGAAUAUUUGACCCACUUCAACUCUGAUGGACGACAGCGGCGGGGGCUCCUCUCUCUGCUUUCCCAACCUGAACUCCUCCUGCAGGCGGCUGCUGCUGCCUAGCUUUAAGACGGCGCUCCUCUACGUCCUGCUGGCCUUUGUCUCUCUGCUCACCGUGACCCUCAACCUGCUGGUUAUCAUCUCCAUCUCCCACUUCAGGCAGCUGCACACCCCCACCAACGCCCUGCUGCUGUCCCUGGCCGGGUCAGACCUGGUGGUGGGGCUGCUGGUGAUGCCCAUCGAGGGGGUGCGCUACCUGGAGACGUGCUGGCUGCUGGGCCGGCUCAUGUGCACCCUGACGCCUUUCCUCUCCUACUGCCUGCUGUCCGGCUCCCUGGGCCACAUGGUGCUCAUAUCCGUCGACCGGUACCUGGCCAUCUGCCAGCCGCUGCUGUACCCCAGCAGGGUCACCCUGAGCCGGGUGGUGUUCCUGAUCUGCCUGUGCUGGGGCUGCUCAGCCCUCUACAACGGCUGCAUUCUGAUAGGACACCUGCAGCGGCCGCACAGGGUCCACACCUGCCACGGCGAGUGCGUGGUGGUCAUCAGCCACACAUCAGGAACUGUCGACCUGUUUUUCUCGUUAGUCGGCCCCUGCUCUGUCAUGCUGGUGCUGUACGCCCGGGUGUUCGUGGCGGCCGUGUCUCAGGUCUCGCGCCUGCAGACGGUCCCUUCCGUUUCGAUGGUGAAAAGGUCGGAGUGGAAAGCAGCCCGGACUCUGGGCAUCGUGAUCGCAGUGUUUCUCAUGUGCUUCUGCCCGUACUACUACCCUUCCCUUGCAGGCGAAGACACCACCACAAAGCUGUCGUAUUAUGCCGUCUUAUCUUGGGUCAUGCUGCUGAACUCCUGCAUGAAUCCCCUCAUCUAUGCCUUGUUCUAUCCCUGGUUCAGGAAGACCACCAGACUGAUCUUCACCCUUAAAAUACUGCAGCUUCGCUCCAGCGAGACCAAGAUCCUGUAGGUGAAAUUUACCACAAACCAAGCUCCUCCAACCUGUUAAAGUCAGCGUUCAUUCAGAGAAAAGACAAACAAAUGAUAAAUGUUUACCCACAAGGCAAUGCGCAAAUAACCCUAUGUAUACAGAUGACUGCUGCAUCAUUAUUGUUUUUUGGUUAGUGAUGAACUACACAGAAUUUUUAAGUCCAUGCCUUUAGCCCCAAUAACGCUCAGAUUUACUCCUUCGCUUGUUUGUGAUCAAUGUUCAAACAGUAAACAGUUAACAACCAUUAACAUAGAAAACACUGAUUUACCCAGAACACUAGUCGUAAGUUUUUUUACAAUAUGAGGAAAUGUGGAAGAACAUUUGGCAUUUCUGUACACAUGAUGUUCUGUUUUAAAUUGAAAAAAUAUCAAAGUAUUUAAUCAACCAAGUCAACUAAAACUUCCACAUCUCUAAACUAUUUUAAAAUGUUUUAUCUCCACAAACUUUAAAUAUUAGGAGCUAUACUAUAAAUCCUGGGAUAACAACGAUAAAAUGUCAAGAGAAGCUUAAUUAUCGAUGUACUUUAACAGUUUAUCUGCAUGUAGUUAAGCAGUUAAGCAAGUUAAGUUAAGCAAACACAAAAAAUGCUAUUAGGCUCCAAAUAUUCAUAAACCAAAUGAAAAUUGAAAGUAUAGAGAACCUACAUUAAAUCAUCCUUACAAAAAAGAAGUAUCCCAAAAAAAAAA